CCCGGCGCGCCUCAGCUUGUGCUCACGCCGAGCGGCGGGAGCCGCCGCGCGCUGAGAGGCGCUGCCCGCGGCCGGAGUCGGAGCGGAGGAGAGAGAGCGAGCGAGCGGGCGAGCGGGCGCGGCGGGGAGAUGUGCCCGGAGGAGGGCGGCUCGGCCGGGCUGGGCGAGCUCCGCUCCUGGUGGGAAGUCCCGGCCAUCGCGCACUUCUGCUCGCUCUUUCGCACGGCGUUCCGCCUGCCCGACUUCGAGAUCGAGGAGUUAGAGGCAGCUCUUCACAGAGAUGACUCGGAGUUUAUCAGUGAUCUGAUUGCCUGCCUGCUUCAGGGCUGCUAUCAACGAAGGGAUAUCACGCCUCAGACAUUCCACAGCUACCUGGAAGACAUCAUUAACUACCGUUGGGAACUUGAAGAAGGAAAACCCAACCCUCUAAGAGAAGCCAGUUUCCAAGACCUUCCUCUCCGCACGCGGGUAGAGAUCCUGCAUCGCCUCUGUGAUUACCGGCUAGAUGCAGAUGAUGUCUUUGAUCUUCUCAAGGGUCUGGAUGCAGACAGUCUCCGAGUGGAGCCUCUGGGUGAAGAUAAUUCAGGUGCACUCUACUGGUACUUCUAUGGGACACGAAUGUACAAAGAAGACCCAGUACAAGGAAGGUCCAAUGGAGAACUCUCCUUGAGCAGGGAAAGUGAAAGACAAAAAAAUGUCUCCAAUGUUCCUGGAAAAACAGGCAAACGAAGAGGAAGGCCUCCAAAACGGAAAAAAGUACAGGAGGAGAUUGUAUCAAGUGAAAAGCAGGAAGAAAACUCAUUGGUGUCUGAUCUGCAGACAAGAAAUGGAUCCCGAGGGCCAGGCCAAGGUACUUGGUGGCUCCUGUGUCAAACAGAAGAAGAAUGGAGACAGGUCACUGAGAGCUUUCGAGAGAGAACAUCUGUCCGAGAGCGGCAGCUCUACAAGCUCCUCAGCGAGGACUUCCUGCCUGAAAUCUGCAACAUGAUUGCCCAGAAGGGAAAACGUCCACAGCGCACAAAGCCAGAGUUGCAACAUAGGUUUAUGUCUGACCACCUGCCCAUCAAAUCCAUCAAGCUAGAGGAGACUCCCAUGCUCACCAAGAUGGAAAAGCAGAAGCGCAAGGAGGAGGAGGAGGAACGGCAGCUGCUACUGGCAGUGCAGAAGAAGGAGCAGGAACAGAUGUUGAGAGAGGAGAAAAAGCGGGAAUUGGAGGAAAAAGUCAAGGCAGUGGAAGAUCGAGCCAAGAGGAGGAAGCUCAGGGAAGAGCGGGCCUGGCUGCUAGCUCAAGGGAAGGAGCUACCCCCAGAACUUUCCCAUUUGGACCCGAGUUCUCCUAUGAGGGAAGAAAAGAAGACCAAGGACCUCUUUGAGCUGGAUGACGAUUUCACUGCCAUGUAUAAAGUUCUAGAUGUGGUAAAGGCUCACAAGGAUUCCUGGCCCUUCUUGGAACCUGUAGAUGAAUCUUAUGCCCCCAACUAUUACCAGAUUAUUAAGAUCCCCAUGGAUAUUUCAAGCAUGGAGAAGAAAUUAAAUGGAGGUUUAUAUUGUACCAAGGAGGAAUUUGUAAAUGACAUGAAGAUCAUGUUCAAGAAUUGUCGAAAAUACAAUGGGGACAGUAGUGAGUAUACCAAGAUGUCUGAUAAUUUAGAGCGGUGUUUCCAACGGGCCAUGACAAAGCAUUUCCCUGGUGAAGAUGGAGACACAGAUGAAGAAUUUUGGAUCAGAGAGGAUGAAAAACGGGAGAAAAGAAGGAGUAGGGCUGGUCGAAGUAGCGGAAGCCAUGUUUGGACCCGCUCUAGAGACUCAGAAGGGCCCAACAGGAAGCAACCACCAGUGGAGAAUGGAGGAAAAUCAUUGCCCCCUGCACGCCGAGCUACCUCCUCGGGGGAUGAUCAGAGUAGCAGUUCUAAUCAGCUCCCUCCAGGGGUGGGCACAUCAAAUGGCCAAGGCUCUUCCCACCCCCUGCAUUGUGGCAGGGUGCCUAGCCAAGCACCCCCUUUAAACCAGAUGCGGCCAGCAGCACCAGGAACAUUUGGCUCUCUUCAAGAUCCCACCAACGUAUAUGGCUCCUCUCGAGUCCCAGAGGUGCCUCCAGGAGAUCCCUUGCAGCACCCACCCUUUGCCAUACAGGCUCCAGUUGGAAUCAGUAACCACCGAGGACCCCGGCUCAGUGCUCCUAAAGAGAAGAUGUGUGAGGGUCUAACACACCUCUCCAAUAUGGGAUCACAUCCCCCCUCCUUGCAGCUUGGGCAGAUGAAUUGUCCCAGUCAAGAUGGAAACAUCUAUCCACCAGCUCCAUUCCAGGCAGGAUUUAUUCCUUCUAGGCAUGGUGGGACUCCAGCCCGACCCCCAGACUUCCCUGAAAGCUCAGAAAUUCCUCCUGGUCACAUUUAUCAUUCAUACAAGUACCUGAAUCGAGUACACCCUGCUGUCUGGAAUGGGAACCAUGGUGCUACAAACUCAGGACGUUUGGGGCCAGAUGAGAAGCCCCACCUGGGGCCAGGACCCUCUCACCACCCUCAUACCCUUGGUCAUGUGAUGGAUGCCCGGUUAAUGAGACCACCUAUCCCAGGAAACCAGUGGGCUAAACAAUCAAGUUUUCUACCUCAUGGAGUUCCUUCCUCGGGGUAUAUGCAACCACCUUGUAAGUCUGCUGGACAUCGGUUGCAGCCUCCUCCAGCUCCAGCUCCAAGUCCUCUGUUCGGGGGACCCUCCCAGGCUCUCCGGGGGGUCCAAGGAGGGGAAUCCAUGAUGGACAGCCCUGAAAUGAUCGCCAUGCAACAGCUCUCCUCCCGAGUCUGUCCCCCAGGUGUGCCUUACCACCCCCGCCAGCCCACUCCUUCCCAGUUACCUGGUCCCUUUCCACAGGUAGCUCAUUCAGCAUCAGUGUGUGUGUCAGCCCCCAAGCCUGCUUUGGACAACCCCGGGAGUACACAGGAUGUCAGUGAAACACAAGAGCCUGAGAAUGACCGGGCUGAACCUUUGCCUGGGCUUGAAGAGAAAACAGCAAGUGUUUGUGCUUCAGAGGGCAUAUACCUCAAACAGCUACCUCACCUGACACCUCCCCUGCAAGCCAACUGUACCAGGCAAAGCUCACCGCAAGAAAGGGAAACAGAGGACCCAGAACUCAAAAGUGAUGCUUCAGAAACUGCAGCCAAUUAUAAAGCAUCAAAGAGCAAGAACACCUGGCCUCUGGACAAUAGCUACACCAGCCCAACUGUGCAAGGUUGUUUGCGAGACCUCUCCAUGGUGGCAGAUGGAGGGACUCUGCCUGAAAAUGGGGUUGUUGAUGAAACAUCUUCUUGUAGGUCAGAGGGGAAGGGCCUUGGUGGCAGUGGUUCAGAAAAGCCACUCUGCCCCAGGGGUAAAACAUUGCAGGAAACCAUGCCAUGUACAGGACAGAAUGCAACGACUCCUCCUUGCACAGACCCCAAUUUGAUGACAGGCACUGUAAAUCAGUUUUCUCCCUUGUACAUGCCUGGCCUAGAAUACUCUAAUUCAGCUACACAUUACCACAUGAAUUCAGGUCUACAAGGCUUGGGCUCUGUGAUGGGAGGAAAGUCCCCAGGAUCACAUCCUCAGCCCUUCUCCCCCAGGGGCAUCCAGCCUAACAGUACCCAUCCUGGACUCUUUCCCCAAUACCGCCCCCAGCAGGGAAUGAGGUAUGCCUACCAACCAUCUUCUCAGCCCUCCUACCAUCCCUAUCAGCGGACUCCUUAUUACACAUGUCCACAGGGCUUUUCUGAUUGGCAGAGAUCUCUACCUUCCCAGAGAAGCCCAAGUGGACCCCCAGGGAGUCACCCCCCACGUCCUUUCUUCUCAGAUAAGAAUGCUUUGCCUAGCCUGCAAGGCUGUGAGACACUCAAUGCUGCCUUAACUUCUCCAACUCAAGUGGAUGCAGUGGCUGCUAAAGUUGUCCCAUCUGAUGGACAGAAUCCUGGUCCAGAGGAGGAAAAGCUGGAUGAAUCUGUGGAGAGGCCAGAGAGUCCCAAAGAAUUUCUAGAUCUGGACAACCAUAAUGCAGCUACCAAGCGGCAGAGCUCACUGUCUACCAGUGACUAUCUUUAUGGAACUCCACCUCCACCUCUGAGUUCAGGAAUGACUUUUGGCUCACCUGCUUUCCCACCCCACAGUGUGAUGCUGCAUACAGGGUCUCCUUACACUCCUCAGCGUCCAGCUAGUCAUUUUCAGUCCCGGGCAUACCCAUCCCCUGUGGCUGCCCAUCCACCUCCCCAUCCGGUGGCCACCCAGCCCAAUGGCCUCUCUUCAGAGGGCCCCCUCUACCGAUGUCAGGAAGAGGGCUUAGGUCACUUUCAGGCUACAAUGAUGGAGCAUACUGGCACUGGAAGCGGAAUAAGAGGCUCUUUCCAUGAAGUGCACAGACCAUCAGGAAUGCACAUGCAUCCAAUCCAGUCACAGUCUUUAUUUCCAAAGACCCCGGCACCUGCAGCAUCACCGGAACAGUUGCCACCACAUAAGCCCCCAACACUUCCUCUGGAUCAGAGCUAGUCCAAGGAGGAAAUAACCCCCAGGGAAAUGGACAGCUGCACAUGAAAACAUCCAGGCCUUGGAGGAUUUGGAGGAGUGAUUUUUAUAGGCUUGUGUUCUGCUAUCCUGCUCCACCUCUUCUGUGAAUCAUACCAUCCUCAGAGCUUGAACUGCUGGACUUUAAAUGCACACUCUGUAGAUGACUGACUGACCGGGCCUGUGGCUGGGAUCAGCUGCAUAGCUGACAUACUUAGCAAGAGCAAGUGUACCUGGAGUUCUUGCUGUCUUCUCCAAAUCUCAAGACUCUGUUCAGGGAAAAUCACUUUAAAUUUGGGUGGAGGGUACAUGUAAGGAAGGAGUGGUGCUUCUAAACUUUCAUGAGCAGCUAAUCUCAGGUAUAUAUUUGGGAAAGGGACUACUUGUAGUAUUAAUGUUUUUGGAGCUGGGUCCAGUUUACAGAAUUUUCAUGUUGCUUUUUUUUUUUUUUUUGUGAAUGUAUUGUAUAUAGAGUGGGACAGUCAGGUGGGCACAUGGAGGAGUUGGGAGUCCUUCCCAGCUGUGGCAGGCACACAGUACUGGAGUAAGACUGUUUUUGUAUAGUCAGGUCACACUGAAUGCUUGUGGAGCUUGGGAAAGAGACCUGGAAGGUUUCAGCUUAUGUAUGUCACUAACUUGUUUUCCAGCCUGCCUCAGAGACCACUUACUGCAUUCAUCCUUCUCAGCGUUCAUUUCCCAGUUUGUCAGCAGGUGCUGUCAUGUGGCCUACUGGGUGUUCCUGCCAGAGGGCAGACUGCUCUCACCUUAAUGGCCCAAGUUCUGGAUUCGGGAAAGCAUGUCCCUUCCUUAUUUUUCCACCAGCUCUACCAGAUAGUUGUAAACCAGGAAUUUGGGCUCUUUAGAGUGUUUUACUUAUUAGAAAAUGAAGUGGCUUCUUCAUGGGCCUGUUAAGCCUGUGGUCUAGAAGCCAUCACAUAACGCUUUCUAGCACAAAUUGUGUUUUGUGAAAGUGACUACUCAGGUUUGUUAUAUAUGUUAGUCUCAAUAAAGAAAUUGCACAGGUUUGAUUAAGGAAAGUAUAUUCUAUAGAUUGAAAUUUGAAUUUAGGACUAUUUCAGUAUGUAUAGUUUUUAUUCAGUUUAAGAGAAUCAUAGUAAACUUGGUCGUGUUGAUUUAAAGUAGCUGUCAAGGGCUAGUUCUUGAAAAUUAUUUGUUGUGUCUGUGAUAGCAAACAACUUUACAGUAUUAAAUUACUUUACUAUGAAUUUAGAAGUGAAUUACACUGGAUUCUCCCUGCUUUAGCCUUCUGCAUUUUAUUUUAGCUGAGAUAUCACCAAAGUUAGAACUAUGUUUAAAUUUUUUAAUAUCUCACACAGAAUAAACCAAGGGAAGUGCCCCAGAGUUGCAAGUCUCUGUAAAAGAAUAUAAUUUUACAGUAUGCUUUGGGGUAGUAGAGAUCUCCAUAAAAAUACCUAUCUACCCUAGAUUCUUAGAAGUUUAGGCGUGGAAAUUUCCCUAUGGCCCCAGCAUCCACAGUAAAUGCAGAAUAGUCUGCUAAAUAUAUGAAGGGGGAGGGAAAUAAACUGGAAACAUCCAGGUUAUAGAGAUAAUUUGGACCCUAGGGCACCUGCUCUCGAAUGAUGGCAGUGAUUGCUGGUGGUGCUGACCCCUGUAGGAUCUCCCAGGUAUGCACAUACAAAUAAGCAAUUUUCUUUCCAAUAAAUUUGUUUUAAUUGGUGUUUCUAAAUCAGUUGAAUUGGAAGUCUAAAAACAUACACGAUCCAGUUGAGAAUUAGAAGAGUGAAGUCAGAUUCGUUGGGUGGCUCUUGGUCUGCUGUUGAGCUGUCUGAGCCACCUUAGUCUUACUACUGCCGUUUCUGUACCUGUUCCUAAAGCAGAGGCCUGUAAUGUGUCACUAGGAAUGUUAACAACCCUCAGGCCUCUUUGAAGGUGCUAAAACUAGAGGUCACUAAACUGAGUGCAUUCUGCUUCCACCUCCCCACCUCACCCCGUUUACCUAUUUCUAAAAAAAAAAUUGCUGUGAAUAGCAUUGGGGAAUAAGGAAUUGGUGAGUUCCUUUAUCCCUUACGUUCUUGAGGAAAUUAAAUAGAAAAUUGAACUACUGUAUUAAGUUUUAACACUGUGAGAAGAACCUGUUAUGUCCUAUGUGGGAAUUUGGUGGUGUCUAGUGUUUACAGAACCUAGUCCAGUAGGUUCUUCCUCUGGUCUGACCCCAGCUUUUUUGGUUUUUGAAGUACUAGGUCCUUGGAGCAGCCAGAACACAAUGCUGCACUUCUGUGAGCCCCUCACCCUGGAGUGCAGACAAGAACUUUUGUUUUCGCCUUUCUCUCCAGCACUUCUCUUCCAAGUGUCUCAGCAGAUGCAAAUUAUCUCAUUUGCAGUCUUCUUCAGUAGGAAAUGGUGGUUGUGUGAGGUGUAAUAAUUAGAAAGUAGUAUGUAAAGGUGUCUUAAGAGAUUCACUCUUGCUCUAGGACCUGUAUCCAUUGGUCACUAUGACCUUGUCAGUAUGUUGACUCUCCGUGGUCCCCAAGAGGACAUAGCUGUGCAUAAUUGAAAGCACUCUUUGAUUUAGUGUUAGACUUACCUUUAUCAGACUUAGUCAUAACUUAAAAACCUUAAGGCCUCAACGGGCAGUGAUGGCACAAGCCUUUGAUUCUAGCACUCGGGGAGGCAGAGGCAGGUGGAUCUCUGUGAGUUCCUGGCCAGUCUGUUUCAGGACAGGCUCCAAAGCUACAGAGAAACCCCUGUCUCCAAAAAAGCAAAACCUUUAGAACCUGAAAGAAAUAAAAGAUUCAGAAAAUAGAGUUUUUUAGAAGGUUUAUGGGUGUAUGUCUUUGCCCCCUAACCCAAACCCGCCCUGCUGUGAAAUCUGUUUCUUUUACAAGAUGAUAAUGAUGGAAGCUGUUGGCUAAAAUUCCUUGCUUAGAAGAAUGUGAAGAAUAGAACAAAAUACGCAGGGUUCUUGUUCAUGUAACUUUCUAUCCCAUCUUAAAAAUAAAGGGGCAGCCACUCUGCCUUCUGAGCCA